AUCAUUUAUUCGAAAGCGUGCAAGAUUCCCUCUCAGGAACGAGUCCUUUUUCCGCAACGCCAUUUUUCUUGAACAUGGCUGAUAAUCCCGGCUCUGCUCAAUUCGACGGAACAAGUGCAUUUGCUUCGGCUGUUGCUCGCGCAAGACAGAUAGCCGCAAAGAUCACUCCAGGCUCAGGGGACGCACAAGUACAAGGUAUCAAGAGACCUAUGGACGAUGGCGCCUCCUUUGGUGAGCCAGAACCAAAGAAAGUAGCUGGUGAUUCAUCAAUAGGAGCGCAGUUGAGAGCCAUUGCAGAUAGUCAACCGGGAUUUGGACAGUCAACGGAAGCUGCACGGGCUGCUCAGGAAGCGGCAGCAAGGAUUAACCGACAGUUAGGAAUCAACCCUGACCCCGGCAUGCAGCCUCAGAAGCCUGGUCCCCAUUCUGGAAUGGGCAUGGUCACCACUGAUGAGCACCGGGUGCCAGACAAAAUGGUCGGCUUGAUCAUUGGCAAGGGUGGAGAGCAAAUCACCAGAUUGCAAGCAGAGACAGGGUGUAAAGUUCAGAUUGCACCAGAUAGUGGUGGAUUGCCGGACAGACCAUGUCAACUGACUGGGACGCCAACAGCCAUCAUGUUAUGUAAACAAGCCAUGCAGCAAAUCAUAGAGCGAGGUCAAGGUGGUGGCCCUCCUAUGGGUGGUGGCAUGGAUGGCAUGGGAGAGGGAGGCACUGUGGUGGAGAUGAACAUCCCAGGCUCCAAAGUUGGCCUUAUCAUUGGCAAAGGGGGAGAGACUAUUCGUCAGUUGCAGGAACGAGCUGGCGUGAAAAUGGUGAUGAUUCAGGACAGCAAUGCACCCACAGCCCUCGACAAGCCACUGCGCAUCUCUGGGGAACCGGGCAAGUGUCAGAGAGCUAAGGAAAUGGUCAUAGACUUGCUGGCUGAGAAAGACGGUGUCCCUCGCCCUGGUGGUGGCGGUGGCGGCAACAUGUUCAACGACUUUGGCUCCCAGCAGGGCCCCAUGGGUGGUGGCGUGCCCAAUGGCAUGGAUAUUGGCGUGCCACGCCAGGGUGUUGGUCUGGUCAUUGGAAAAGGUGGAGACAUGAUCAAAAAGAUUCAAACUGAGACAGGGGCUAAAGUUCAGUUCAAACCAGACGAUGGUCAAAGCCAGGAUCGUGUUUGCUCCGUUUCUGGUCCCCCAGACAAAGUGCAGGCAGCAAUCCGCAUGAUUCAAGAAUUGCUGGGAAAAGCCAAUAUAAUGGGAGGUCAGCCUCUUCAUAAUUUUGGUGGCCCAAUGGGUCCAGGCCCGGGCAAUGAUAUGGGCAGAGGACCUGGAAAUGGCGGUCCAUUCUCCCCACCAGGGCCAGGGCGUGGUGGCAUGGGGGGUAGGUUUGACCCCAACUUCCAGGAUCAUACCAGCUUCGGAGUGCCUGCAGACAAGUGUGGACUUGUCAUUGGCAAAGGUGGUGAAACUAUCCGUGAAAUCAACCGCCAAUCUGGGGCACAUGUUGAACUUGAUCGCAACCCACCACCUAACAUGAAUGAGAAGGUCUUCAAUAUAAGAGGGAACCCGUCUCAGAUCCAACAUGCCAUUCAGCUGAUCCAGGAAAAGACGGGUCAACAAGGAGGACCCAACGACCAGCCUUUCUUCCCACAGGGACAUGGCCCAGUUGGUGGACCUGGAGGUAUGAUUGGAGGACCAGGUGGACCCAACGGCCCACCCGGAGGACCUGGUCCUCAAGGUGGACCAGGAGGACCAGGGCCCCAGGGACCAGGAGGAUAUGAGCAGUUUGGUGGACAGUUUGGACAGCCAAACCAACCCCCACAGCAGCAGUUUGGAAGUGCACCCCAAGGGUGGAAUGCGUAUGGAAACCAGUACCCUCAACAACAGAACAUGGCUAACAAGCAGUCAAAUGAUGCCAAUGCUGCUGCCUGGGCAUACUACUAUGCCACAUACGGCCAGGGACAGCCAGGCCAGCAGCCUGCAGCACCCCAACAGCCUGCAGCGCCUCAGCAGCAGCCCAUGCAGCAGCAGCAGCCUGCCCAAAUCUCUUACGCUCAACCCAGUGAGUUGAGAGUCAAUCACACGAUCAACCCCCAGACUGGCCAGCCAGACUACAGUCAAGCUUGGAUUGAAUAUUACAAGUCUCAGGGCAUGAUCCACGAGGCCCAGAUGGUACUGCAGCAGGUGGCUCAGAAUCAGGCAGCUGCUGCGGCCGCUGCACAAGGGGGACAGCCCGGACAGCCGUGAGGAAUGACUGCCACUAGACUAUGGUGUAUGGCCAUAGUGGCGGAGUCUGGCGUGACGCGUGUGGACAAAGGCUCUCUGUGGAUGGAAUGACCAAAACGGAGUGGCUGCAGCUGAGGAAUGUUCAACCAGACAAGUUGCUUUUAGGAUAGGCGAUAGUUUUUAUGUGUAUUUUCCACAGCUAUGUUUCACCCCCUCCCCCGUCCCCCUGUCUUGGUGGUUUGUCUGUGUGCUGUCCUGGUCACUGUGGGACAUCUUUGCAUCAUUGGUGUCUGCAAUGUUGUGGUUGUUCAGUGUACCGUAGGCAGUCUAGCACAUGUAGGAAGAAGUCAGUGGUCAAUGGGGCAGUGACAGUAUCGGAACAGGUGCUGUCACUUACUAUUGUCCCACACCAGAGGCUUGUCCCAUGACCUGCAUCAGGACCACACUGGCACACAGUACACGGCCAACUCCCCAAACUAACACAUCCUCACAUGUGUGAAUAAAUAUGAUAGAUAUUUUACGGGUGACUCACUAUUGUCUUGAAAUUUAUCCAGGGGACUUACUAGUGUUUUCUGUUUGGUAGUACAAGACAUGCCUUGUAUGGAAAUUGUACAUGUUUGUUUGUGUAGUUCCCACUGUUCUCCCAGAAACCUCUCUCUUGUUACUUUUUUUUGGUGGAGAAACUGAGAGCUUUUGAAGUUGUUUUUUUUUUUUUGCACAGGCGUACACUUGUCUUCUUAUACUGAUAUGUAUUUGGAUUUAUCGAAUAGCUCAGAGUAUAUUCAUCUAAACUGAUGAAAUUGUUUGCACCUUGUGGGGUUAUGUCAGGGAAAAUGUUCCAUACCAAUUUGUGGGUAGACCUGAUGAAGCAGUGCGAAUGGCUGUCGACCUUGUUUGUUCUUUGAAACAAUGAGCUAAGAGAUUAGCGUUUGUACAUAGCAGCUUAAGAUGACUGAGCCAGAACCUCCUUAGUGCCGCGGAAUGCAGUGGGUUUGUGUGUCACUAGUUCUAGCUUCCCAUGGUAUGCACCACAUUCCAGUUGCUAUGGUGUGUUGUGCGCAUUAUGAUGUCUUCUAGACAUUGGGUUUCUUGGAUGGUAUAUUUUCUAUUUUCCCCUGCCAAUUGAAGUAGAACACGUGUAUUCUGAACUAUUUCAAUCAGGUUAUUAUUCCUUCUUAUGGUGUUGGUCUUGUGUGCUCCACUUGUCCCAGCCCGUGUCCAGUGUAUCGUAUUUGUAUGCCUAUUCGUAGUAGUUUCGAUAUUUAUUGUGCUAUGUUGUUGCCGUGUGUGGAUUUUCACCAGCUCUAGAGAUGGUUGCAAAGCAAUAGGUGUAAAAAUAUUCUGUAAAAGCAGGAACGUUUGCGGGAGUGUGUGUGUGUACAUGUUGUCAAGAGUGCAGCAUUCUUUUGUCCUUGUUUUUAGUUGACGUUUCCCCUUCUCCGUUUAUGAAAAGAUGUAAGUUCAUGUCUCCUGGUAUGGUUCACCAAUUGUAUUUCUUUAUGAUGACUACAUUGAGAGAAUUAAUGGCAUAUGGAUGACCCUGUUCUCUUAUAGCUUGUUACUACUGGAUUAGAAAAUAAUGAUGACGUUGCUAGACUACAGUUGUACCAAUGCUUGCAUUUUGUACAUAGAGAAAUACAAGUGUCUUUCCCUCCAGUUACUAAGAUAAUGUAUGAUUUGAAUGAGCAUUGCUACCAAUUUCAUACAUAUUCCUGAAAAACAUUAGUGAUGGCAAACUAAGACAGAAAAAGAACAGUAUUAUUCCAUUAUCAUUAUUUAAAAUGUUUUGUUUUUUAAGUUAGAAAAAUUCAUGUUGACAAUGAUGAUCUGAAUUUUUAUAAUGCUUGCUUUGUUUACCUUUUUAAGCAAAACAAAAACUAUUGAUGAAAACCAUUUGAGGUUAUGAACAUAUCGUAUAAUGUUAUGUUUCAGAUGUCAUAACUAAUAAUACAAUGCUUAUUGAGAAUGCCAAAGUAUCCUUCUCUUAAUAAUGUUUUAUACUUGUUCCUGAUCUUGAUGGUGAAAAAACUGUAAGAAUUUCUGUUCUGCUGUAAAUGCAGUGUUUUUCUUUGAUGCCUAUGAGAAUAGCUGUAUGAUUUCCUUUUUCUCCUUGCAAUGGUACAUCUCCAGUACAACUAUGCCAAGCACACAUCAUUACUUCUAUUUCACUCUUAUCUGUUGAGUUUUUAUGUUCUUUUACUUCCAAAGUAUGUCAUGUUUGCUAGCGGUGACUUCACCUGAUUUCUGUCAUAUGUUGCCUGUGUUUGGCUUGAUUACAUCUAUGGAUUUUAUUUUUCUCUUAUUUCAUGUUGUUACCUGAAUUUUGUUCCGUCUCCGUGUGUUGCCUUUGUCUGUGUAGUCUUGUAGAGCAACAGCUGGCAGGGCAGGGUGGUUCUGACUUAGUGCACGUGAGAUGCGAGUUGUUCCUCUGUCAAGGGGAAGUAGGGCAAUCAUCAUGUUCCUCUAACUAGUCAUGUUUGUUGACUCUUCGUUGAGAGAACGGAUCAGCAGGCACUGCGGCCCCAGCCUCCACUCUUGUAUUUCUUAUGUGACUGUCGUGGUUUGAUGAAGACGUGGAAACAUUCUGAUGUCAUGUAUAAUUUCUCAAAUGUGAUGAAGAUAUUAUGUAGGUAAAACAAAGAUUCAUCCUGUUCUUUUUUGGUUGGUUUUUUUAUUUUAAUUUUUUGUUUUAAAUAUGACACAUGCAUCUGUAAUCUUUUAAUGCAUUCUAUUUGACAUUUGAGUAUGUGCCAUUCUUGAAAUUGGAGAUAAGAAAAAGUAAUCAUUCCUUGUAGUGUUAUCCCUCUCCCCACUUAACUGGAUAAUAAUAUGACUUUGCUUUCACAAUUAUUCUUGUGGGGAUAUGUCCUACAUGAUGUAAAAAGAAAAGUAUACAAAUGCUGUAAAGCAACUAAGAUUGUCUCAAUUUGCUCUUGCUAUGAAAAAAGACCCAUGGAUUGUUGAUGAAACUAUUUUUUACUAUUUUUAUUUCAUUAUUGACAUGUACCCUGUUACAAGCUGUGAUCCAAUCACAUGAUGUCAACUAUAGUCUAUGUACUGAUAUGCCAUCUAUUUUUAUGUAGUAAUUUAGCUGAAAUUGCCCAGUCACUUGAGUUUUAUUGAGUCAUCUUGUCACUUUCUAGCAAUAUCAUGCAUACAGAUUUUUUAUGACCUCAAAGCUUGACUUUUUUUUCCUUAAUGCCUUGAAACGUAAGUGAAUUUGAUAAUGCAUAUUAUAGACCAUGUCUUAGUUGAAUUGAACUAAGAGAAAACAAACAAACACAUGUUUUGACUUGCUCAGAUAUGUAUUGCUAUAAGAUGUAAAUUUAGAGUACGGUACACAUAGGUUUUCCCACGUUAUUGAAUACUCAUAAUUUUUGACUAUUUUUUUAUCCUCUUUAAUUUGUUAUUCAGCAAGUUUGGUUUCUAUUGUUUUUCUGCUCUUGUGUAUUAUAGAUGUACCUCAUUCCUCAAUGGACAGGACACCAAAGCCGGGUAGCAGCUUGUCAGUUGUUGUUGUGUUGGCUCUGCAGGAAAAUGUUUGCCGCAAUUUUAUUGUUCUUUGAAGCCUUUUCAACAUCGCUUUCCUUUCACACAUGUGAUCAUGACAUAGAUUGAUUAUUAUGAAUUCUGGCUUAUUUUUUCUGUCUUUUUUUAAUCAUGUGGAUGUAUAUUUUUAGUGCCCUGUUCUCUUGAAAUUAGGAAACUUAAAUUCAUGCCGUAGAAUUGCCAAUUUCUUGUGGUAUAUUGUUUUAAUAAUGAUUUGAUGAAAAACUAUUCCAGCUCAACAUGAAUUUAAUGUGCACAAGGCCAAUCUUCUCAUUUCCACAUUUGUACGACUAUAUUAUGAGAUAAACCGAUGCUCAAACACACAUACAUAGUACCGUAGAUCUGUGUUUUCUUUGGCAGACACAGACACGCACCCACAGCAGUUACUUACUAGGUCUUUACCGAUAGACUAUACAGCCAUUGCACAUUGUUCCAUUUUGUCACAUUAAUUUUCAGUUUCUUCAUUUAUCCCCUCUCCCCCUCCCCUAUUUUUUUCAUUAUGUCAAGAUCUCUUUGAGAAACCUGGGUGCAAAUUAUCCUGUGACACACACACACUUAUUCUGAGACAUUUCGUAAACAAUGACUUUUUCAAGCGAGAAGCAAUGCUGUUGGUGAGAGGAUGUUAGCCCACUGUCUGGCCAGAAGAUCUCAGUGGCUCUGUGGUAGGCUACUUGUUCAUGUUCUAGUUGUUCCUGUGACAGGUUGGUUUGUUUGUUUUUUUCUUUGGAAUGCUGAGCAUGUGUUGCUAGUUGUAUGCAGUGAGUGAGAGAGUGUGUGAGAAAGGCUCUGGUUGACUUGCUAUUGGGCAACCCUUCAGCUGGUGAGGAGAGCCCCUGUGCUCCUCGUGACUGGGAACCAAGUUUUUAUUUUUCUUAUGUUUGUGUUUUUCCUAUCUCUCUCUCUUUGUGCUAUGGUCUCUUGUACAAACAGUCUUGUCAUGCUGUUCAAUAACUCUCCUACUAGCCUUUUUGUUGUUGUUGUAUUCUCCCACACAACAAAGUUUCUAGUGUUGUAUUGCAUUGAUAUAUUCUUAUCAUAACUGUUUGAUCAUUACUCAAGUGAUUAAAGCGUACUGUUGAGCACUUUCUAUGUAACAAGAAGUUAUGUUUGUCUUUUUACAUUAUUGUUCCAUUUAUUCUUCAUUGAUUGUACCGGAUUAUCAUUUUCCUUGCCGUUGCUGCAAUUUCACCUGUCAGAAGUGAAUACUUUUCAAAGAUAGUUAAAAUUUUAAAUCAACUCUGCUUAAAUGACACACUGUAUUGUAUGCUUUUGAUAUGGUAUAGAAUUUUAUACUAAUUGUAAAUUAGUUUUAGUUUGAUUUUUGCCCUUGCUUGAUUUUUUUGUCCUUGUGUUCAAUAGCAAAAAAUGUUUUCCCCGACUAUUUAACUUUGUAUUCUUACUGGCCUUGGUAAUCACGUGUGUAUUGGUAUGAUUAAUUCAGUCAAGUUUUCUCAUUACGAUUAAUAAAGCAUUGUUACUGAAUCUUUGGUUUUUAAAUGUAUAUUACAACAGUAAAUUUCUAUGGAAAACAG